AUGGAGCCUGAGGACCACGAGGGGGCCACGUCUCUGCUGCAGAGUUUCGAGCGCCGCUUCCUGGCGGCUCGUGCGCUUCCCUCCUUUCCCUGGCAGAGCCUAGAAGAGAAAUUAAAGGAGCCCUCAGGUUCUGAACUGUUGCUGGCUAUUCUGCAGAAGACUGUGAAGCACCCUGUGUGUGUGCAGCACCUGCCAUCUGUGAAGUAUGCGCGCUGCUUUCUCUCAAAGCUCAUCAAAAAGCAUGAGGCUGUGCCCACAGAGCCUUUGGAUGCACUGUACGAGGCGCUGGCAGAGGUUUUGAUGGCCGAAGAGUCCACCCAGUGCCACCGGAGCUAUUUGCUGCCUUCAGGAGACUCGGUCACACUCUCUGAGAGCACAGCCAUUGUGUCCCAUGGCACCACAGGCUUGGUGACAUGGGAUGCUGCUCUCUGCCUGGCAGAGUGGGCCAUCAAGAACCCAGCAGUCUUCACGGAGAGGACUGUCCUGGAGCUAGGCAGCGGAGCUGGGCUCACGGGCCUGGCUGUUUGCAAGGCGUGCCACCCCAGAGCAUUUAUCUUCAGCGAUUGCCAUGGCCAGGUGCUAGAGCAGCUUCGUGGAAAUGUGCUCCUCAACGGCUUCUCCCUAGAGCCCGACACUCCCACUGACCCAGGCAGCCCGAAGGUGACAGUGGCAGAGCUGGACUGGGACGAGGUGACAGCCUCUCAGCUCUCUGCCUUCCAGGCAGAUGUCGUCAUUGCAGCAGAUGUGCUAUACUGUGGGGAAGUGACACUGUCACUGGUCAGGGUCCUGAAGCUGCUCAGCGACUGCCAGAGGAAGAAUGCUCCUGAUGUCUACGUGGCCUAUACCGUUCGCAGCCAAGACACGGGCAAGCUGUUCAUCACAGAGCUGGAUCGUGCAGGGAUCUACUGGGAGGAAGUGCCUCCUCACGCCAGCAAACUGUUCCCCUAUGAAGAGCACUCGGCCAUCGUAAUCCUGAAGCUCGUGCUGAGCCAUCAUCACAGUAUUUGAAGCCUGAGAACUAGAGUCCCAG